AAUGCUGUUAAUCACGGAGGACGGGGAAUGGCUUUUGUGGCGAGUAAGAGCGAGUGGGAGACGGAGCAGAGAGCGGCAGAGGCAAGUGAUCUUGUUGCUUGUGUGCGUUUGCGUGUGUCAGAGCGGGGCCGAACCCCUCCGCUAUUCCCUGGCGGAGGAGAUGGAGAGGGACUCCUUUGUGGCCAAUAUUGCAGAGGACCUGGGGCUUUCUCCGAGCCAGUUGGCGGCUCGCAAGGCGCGCGUUGUGUCCGAGGGGAACGAGCGGCUUUUCCACCUCAAUCGAAACACGGGAGUGCUGACGGCAAAGGAAUCGCUGGACCGAGAGGAGAUGUGUCCGAGGAGCGAUACCUGCACCGUCUUUUUUAAGAUAGUCUUUGAAAAUCCCUUGCAGUUGAUCCCAGGGGAAGUGGAGGUUCGUGACGUCAACGACAACUCCCCAGUCUUCCCGGUGAAGGAGAUGAUUUUGGAGGUUCCUGAAACGACAUCUGCAGGAUCUCGUUUCCCUCUGCAAAGCGCCCGGGACAAGGACGUGGGCAUCAAUGGCUUGCAGAACUACAGCCUCGAGUCAAACCCGCAUUUCUCCCUCUCUCUUGGAAGCGGAGAAGGUGGAACAAAAUACGCAGAGCUGAUCUUAAUGCGGCAGCUGGACCGAGAAGAGCAGCCGCAACUGAAUUUACUCCUCACCGCCACUGACGGGGGCUCGCCACCCAAAUCGGGCACGGCUCAGGUAAGGAUCGUGGUGCUGGAUGCCAAUGACAACAUCCCGGUCUUCGGUCGGGAGGUCUACGAGGUGCGGCUGGCCGAGAACUGUCCCCCGGGGCAGCUGGUGGUCAGAGUCGCAGCAUCGGAUCCCGACGAAGGGUCCAACGGGAAAGUGCGCUACGCCAUCUCCCGGAUAUCGGAGCGGUCGCAGCAUCUCUUCCAGCUUAACCCUGACACUGGGGAGAUCCGGGUGGCGAACAACGUGGACUUCGAGGAAGCGAAGUACCACGAGAUCGUUUUGAGAGCCACUGACGGCGGGGGUCUGUCUGCGCAUUGCAAAGUGCGGGUGGAGGUGCUGGACGUGAACGACAACGCCCCGGAGAUAACGCUCACCUCGCACUCGGCCUCCGUUCCCGAGGACGCGCCGCCCCGCACCGUGGUGGCCCUGUUGAGCGUGCGGGACCGCGACUCCGGCGACAACGGCAGGACGGAGUGCUCGAUCGACGGGGACUUGCCCUUCAGCCUCACCGCCACGGCGGAUCAGCACUACGAGUUGAGGACGACGGCGGCGCUGGACAGGGAGAGAACGGCGGAGUAUAACAUCACGGUGACGGCCGUGGACUGGGGCCGGAGGCGCCUGAGCUCGCGGACCAGCCUCUCCGUGCAGGUGUCGGACGUGAACGACAACGCGCCCGAGUUCACGCAGGAGGUUUACACCGUGUCGGUGUCGGAGAACAACAGCCCCAUGGUGCGCAUCGGCAGCGUGAGCGCCACGGACGCCGACGCGGGAACGAACGGGCGCGUGAGAUACGCGCUGGUGCGGCAGGAGGGCGCGGAGCAGCCCGCGGUGUCGGUGAACGCCGAGAGCGGCGCCGUCUUCCUCCUGCGGCCGCUGGACUACGAGCAGGUGCGCGCCUUGGAGGUGGCGGUGCGCGCUGCCGACGGCGGCUCUCCGCCGCUGAGCGCCCAGGCGGUGCUGCGCGUGGCGGUGCGCGACGAGAACGACAACGCGCCCGUGGUGCUGCACCCGCCCGCCGAGAGCAGCGGCGCGGCGGCGGGCGAGCUGGUGCCGCGCUCGGCCGAGGCCGGCUACCUGGUGGCCAAGGUGGUGGCGGUGGACGCGGACGCGGGUCAGAACGCGUGGCUGUCGUACGAGCUGUGGAAGGCGACGGAGCCGGGGCUGUUCCGCGUGGGGCUGCACAGCGGCGAGGUGCGCACGGCGCGGGCCGUGGCGGAGCGGGACGCGCCCCGGCACCGGCUCGUCGUGCUGGUGCGAGACCGCGGGCGGCCGCCGCGCUCCGCCACCGCCACCCUCGGCAUCGCCCUGGUCAGCGGCUUCUCCGACGCCCAUUUGCGGGGCGCCGAGGAGGCGCCGGCCGCCGAGCCCGAGGGGCCGCUCACCCUCUACCUCACCGUCUGCCUGGCCUGCGUGUCCGCCCUCUUCCUUGCCACCGCGGGCGCCGCCGUGGCGGCCAAGGUGCGGCGGGCCCGGCGCGGCGCGGCCGACGGCUUGCCCGCCUUCCCGCACUCCGCCCCGACCAGCAGCGCGGGCUCCCUGCCCCGCACCUCCGUCUACGACGUCUGCUUCGCCGCCGGCAGCCUCGACGGAGACUUUCGCUUCCUCGGGCCCCUCCUGCCCUGCUUCCCCGACGGGAUGCCCCCCGGCCCGCCCGAGCAGCGGAGCUCGCUCUGCUCCACGGAGGCGGCCAACCUCGGCGACGGCGGCGACCGGGCUGCAGAGGGCAGAGCUCCCAUCUCCGCAGACACGGCUCGCAGACGGGCGGAAGCGGCUUGCAUCCCAAGCCGCGGGAAGGAGCUCCUUGGCAAUUCUGAUCCAAAUCCUUGGGUCCCUCCUCAGUAAGCGACGGGAAAGGCGAGCGUGUCUGUCGUCCCUGGCCAGCGUCCUCACAGAGAAAAGAGAAUGGAGAGAACAAAACCCACAGAAAAAUGGCCAGGGAGGUACAAGACUUCUCUGUGAAAUAGCAAACCCAUUCUCCUCUUGAGCAACGUUUUCUUCGUGUAGGUGUUCUGUAACUGUGACAAGGAUGGAGGGCGAGUACUGUGUGGCAUGUUGACUACUGCGAGACUCGGUUUGCGAUUGGGAGAGUGGUGCUGCUUCUAAAUACAAAGGGAAAUAGUCUAAGCACACCUUCAAGAUAGCUUUUUCCUCAGUCACCUUUUCUUACGUCACCUUUCCUGUGUUUAUUUUUGCUUUGAGUCGACUCAAUUCUCUGCUCUCUGUGCCCUAAAAGGCCAAACACAAUAACACGCUGAAGCCGCUUUUAUUAGAAACGUCUGAGACUUAAAAGGGUCUUCGCAGUUUUACAGCGAAACAAGCUAAACUCUUUAUAGUAAAUUUGAGGCACUGUAAAAGAUAUAGCGUUAGAGCAGCUGUUUUCUUGUUCCUUCGAUAAACGGUAAUGAGCUAUAAAUAAUGUGAUAUUUGCUGUCGCUCGCACAUUUUAACAGUCAAAUGCCUGAUACCAAUGAACUCAAUAAAAGCCCACUUGGAACUCCCUCGGGUGUGUGUGGCGGAGCAAGAUGGAGAGGGACUGAGGUCUGUGGGAAGCUGAGGUCUGCGAGAUGCUGCUCAAAGCGCCUUCGUGAUGUCGACCAGUUUGGAAUCGGGGGGAAAAACUUCGGUCCGCUCCAAAAAAAGUUUUCCUUUAUUGGGAGACCCCUCCUGUUCAUCCAAGAUAACUUCUUCACCUUCCAGUUUACAAUGUUUAUGUUUGAAACACUUGCAAUUAACACUUGAAUGGUGCCUUUAAUGGCCCAUCACUGGGUGUCCUUAGAUCAUA